AUGCAGUGGCCCGCGGCCCGCGCCGCCCUGCCUCGCGGCGGCCGCCUCGCUGAAGCGCUGCAGCGGGCGAUGCGCGGACCGCGCUCGCUUGGAUCCACCUAUGCCCGCCUGUCCGACGCGCACCCGCACAAGGUGGCGUCGGCGACAGCGUGCUCCGUGCUCGGCGCCUCGGACGCGACGGCGCAGCUCAUCUCCCAUCACUCCAGCCCGCCGGACGGGCGGCCCUUUUCCUUUGACUGGCAGCGCUGGCGCGCGCUCGUGAUAUGGGGCACGGCCUUCUACGGCGGGCCGUGCCGGCACUUUUACAUGCUCUACGAUCGCUGGUUUGGGAACGCGCCGCUGAUCAAGGCGGCCGUCGACGUGUUUGGGAAUGGCGCCUUCAUCGUGGUGCCGAGCUUCUACCUGACGACCGGGCUGCUCAAGGGGCAGACGCUGGCAGAGGCAGGACGUCAGCUCUCAGAGGAGUGGGUCACGGCCGCAUCGGGCACGGUCGCCUUUUGGCUGCCGGCCUGCAGCCUCAACUUUGCCUUUGUCCCUCCCCACAGCCGCAUCCUCGUCAUCACCGCCAUGUCGCUGCUGCACAAGACGUGGCUCUCGCUGUUGUCCAACGAGGGGCGAGCGUCUCAGCCCUGCUGCCAUCGGGGCUCGGAACCCAGCCAUCCGCUGCGAGUCGUCUCCUGGAACAUUGGGCUGCGCGGCCUCGCGACGCUCGCGUCGAGCACCGCGGCCUCGUUCGAUGCGCCGGACGUGCACGGCAUCUCGCGGCGUCAGAGCUUUGGCUCGCUCGCCGCGCUGCUCGCGGCUCUCGACGCCGACAUUGUCUGCUUUCAGGAGGUGAAGCUGCGCGAGAUGGAGCGGCAUCUGGCGCUCGUGGACGGGUGGGACUCCUACUUUUCUCUCUGCCGCGCACGCGAGCCGCGCACGUCGGGCGGUCGCUACGCCGGCGUUGCCACGUUUUGCCGCACUGGCUGUCGGCCGCGGCUCGCCGCGGAGGGCGUGACGGGCGUGCUCGACUCGUCCAUCGGGCACCGCGCGAGCCUCGUCGCCGAGUCGAGCGAGGAGGAGCUGCGGCAGAUCGACUCGGAGGGCCGGUGCGUCAUCACCGUCCAUGCCGACCUCGCCCUGCUCAACGUGUACGCGCCUGCCAACACGGCGUCCGACCCGGAAGAGUCGGAGCGGAGGCGCGCCUUCAAGGCGAGCUUCCUGCGCGCACUCGAGCUGCGCUGCCGCGACCUCGCGGCGGCGGGGCUGCGCGUCCUCCUCAUCGGCGACAUGAACAUCUCGCCCUCGCGCCUCGACUCUGCUCGCGAGGCGGAGCUGCUGCAAGCGCCUCCGCCGCCGUCCGCCUCGCGGCUGUGGCUGCAGGCGCUGCUGGGGCCGCCGCGGCCCUUCUUCGCAGACGCGUUCCGAGCCCUCCACCCGGCCCGCGGCGGGGCGUACAGCUGCUUCCACGUCGCUUCCGGCGCCGACCGGCACAACUACGGCUCGCGCAUCGACCUCGCCCUCCUCGCGCCGCCUCCGCUCCUCCCCUCCUCGGGACAGGCUGGCUCGGGGCAGGCUGGCUCGGGGCAGGCUGGCUCGGGGCUGGCUGACGGCAGCUCUGCACACGCGUCGGUCGGCGCCACCGCCCCUCCUUCGCGGCGGGGCGGCCCCUCCUUCGACCUCUCUCUCUUCUCGGACUGCUCGGCCGCCGCGCCGCCCCUGUCCCUGCACGCGUGCGAGAUCGUCGAGCUCGAGGGAUCCGACCACCUCCCCCUCCGCCUCCUCCUCUCCGGACUCGAGCAGCGCUCGCCGCCGCCGCAGCUGCCGCUGAGCAGCCGGUCUCGGCUCGGAGGGCAGAGUGUGCUCAGCGGCUUCCUCGUCUCGCAGCCGCCGCCGCCCGCCACCGCGCCGGCGCAGCCCGCCGCGCCGCCGGCGCAGCCCGCCGCCGCACCGUCGCCCGCGGCCCCGCCGCGUCAAGAUUUGCGCCGCUUCUUCGGCGGCAGCGAGCGUGGCGGCGAUGAGCGCGGGCGUCAGAGGGCGAGCGGGCGGGCGGCGGAGGCGCGCGCUGGCGCGGCGGAGACGGCGCUGAGCGCUCGAGCCGUGGCGGAGGACUCGCGCGCCUGGGAGCAGCUGCGGGAGGUGGCACCUCCUCGCGGCGGCGCGGGCGGAGGCGGCGCGGGCGGAGGCGGCGCGGGCGGAGGCGGCGCGGCGCAGCGGGAGGCGUGGCAGCAGGUGAUGCAGCGGAUGUCCGACAAGGUGCCGCGCUGCCACCACGGCGAGAAGUGCCGCGUGCAGGUCGUCAAGAAGGCGGGGCCGACGCAGGGAAAGACGUUCUACAGCUGCGCGCGCGCCGAGGGGCACCGCGGCGACAAGGAGAGCAACUGCCGCUUCUUCCAGUGGGCCGCCGCUGCCGAGCGCAAGCGCAAGGGGCCGCCGGCGGCAUGACCGCGAAUCGGCACCAACGCGCGCACACCCACUCUCCGCGCGCGAAUUCUGCGUGGCGGAGAACAGCGGAGUACAGUAUACGGCCGUGCGACUACUUGCGUUUUGUGUCUCACCGCACCGGCCUACCGUAUAUACUUGUGUGUCAUGUCU